AUGAUAAUGUUACUGUCGAAGCGCUCACUAACAACGGGCCAGUGGAAUUUUUGGUCCCGCAACACGCUGCGGAGACAUUCGGAACUACGACUGUUGCGUACAACACUGAUGUACCGUACUAUCGCAGUGAGUACAAGGCAGCUGUCUUGUUCGGAGCCGGCAGCAUCAAACAAGCCCACACCAGUGACGAAUAUGCCAAUAUUGCUGAACUCAAUCGGUUGCCAGGGAGAUUAACAUCCAUUGUUAGAGAACUAUUACCUACUCAUUGAGUGGAACUGAAGUUGCCGCACUGCUUUAGCCUUGGCAGCUAAACUUGGCACUCAAACUGAUGUUUUCGCAACGAGCAGAUUCUAGAGGACGGCCUAUUUCCCGGGAGAGUGCAUCGAAGACUGCAGUCUUCACAAGACCAUGACACAAUAAUCUGCAACUACUGUUGCCAUCUAGAAGUCACACGCGCAGCAAUACGCGAUUCAAUCUGCCUCAGGCACCAACGCACACCACCUUGUGGAUACUGCCAUCAGUACCAAGGAAGUACCAUGCACCCACAAGAGGAUUCCGAUGCGGUGUGCGGGGGCUGCCCUAAUGGGUGAUGUACUCUUCACGUCUAGGAGUCUUGUAGCUUUGAGACUGUUUUUCGUUGACAAUAUGCGAAGAUGUUCCCAUCAGCAAACUGAAAAUGGACGUACUUGGUUCGCCCAUGUCGACAGAUAGAGGAUUGUCACUGCUAUUUUCAGAAACACUGUUUUGGUCUUUUUGGUCAGCGUAUCCUUGGAAGCUACUAUUCAUGUCUUGACCUUGUUUUGCCGAGCAAAGUACGAAGAAGGCGUCGUGUGAGUCGGAUGACUACUUCAAGAACUUAACGAAAACUAGAGUGGUGAGCAGAAAACACGUCACCAGAGUCACGACGCGGCAUACCUAAGGCAUUCCUCGCAGUAAAAACGACAGAAUCCAACGCUGCCAUGACGAUGUUUCUGGAUCUCUUCUUCUUCUCUCCGCCUUCCAUUGUCUCUCGGCCGUAUGUUUGGCCUGAUUGAGGGGGCCCGGCAGCGCUUGGCAGCACGGAGUCGUUGACUGUAAGUGAGCAGAAGAACGCACACGGCACGAGCCAAACGAUGAGUAGGAAGAACGAGGCCAUUGCUGGCGCUGGUGCGACACGAUAGCGAUAGAAAAGCUCGGCAUCGGAAUGAAAAAACCGGAACCAUGAAUAAUUGGAUAAGGCAAACAUUAGGCACGACAGAAUAAAUGCCGUGGAGGCAGGUUCAAUGAA